GUAGAAAUAUGUCGGUGACAUUGAAUGGGGAGACCGAGCGGGAGCGAGGCGCGCGCGCGCACACACGGCCCGGCUCGCUCCGAGAUCCCCGGCCACGUAAGUAACUAUUAAUACCGCCUCGCCGAGAGAUGCGGGCGUGCUGAGCUCGGGGAUUGGCCUCGGGCACCGUCGGCCGUCCCCUUCAAUUUUAAAUACACAUUCCUCUUACCUCCGAGUGGGGGAAGAAAAAAAAUAAAAGAAGAAGAAGAAACGCCGUCAAUCUUCUCCAAAACAACCCCCGCCUGGCAAUUUGGGUUUAGGGUAGGGGGAGUCGGAGUGGUUGCAAAUUAUUCCAAGGCAAGAUCCAGUUAUCGAGCGAGAAAGGAACGGCGCGGGUUGACUCGGCUGGGGGUGCAAUCCCUUCCAGCGCUGGCAGGACCCCCCGGAAGCUUGCGCCGGGGAAAUCGGAGACCAUUGAUCUACCCUCGUCCCUGCGCGCACUUCUCUCUUUAUUCGGAGGACAAUCUGGAGCGCGAGCGAGCGGCGACGGCAUGAGCCCCUGCUGACCUCCGCCCGGAGGGCCAAGCCCUGGGCUUUGUCGCGGUACCUGCGCCCGGCCCGCAACUCCGUGCCCAGCUUUUGCAGUCUUUUGUUGGCAGCGCUGACCGCUCUAAGUUAAAUGCUCCCUUGCUAUUUUUUUUUUUUUUUUUUGUCUGUUUGUUUAAAUUUUGGAGAGCUCUUGCGAUCUUGGAAAAGCCUCAGACGCCAUCUACAGUUUAAACGCAGCCGCCGUGCGCUCCCCGGAGACUGCACACAAACUACGGCAGGGCUCCUCCGCCCCGUCUGCGAUUGGGAAACCUGCGUGGGGAUCGCUUCGGGAGACCCGGCGCUGCAGCUCCCCACCUUAGCAAUCUGGUUACUCGUCUAGAUCCACGUUGGAAAAAGGGAAAGAGAGAGAGAAACUAAAAGUACGAAGAUUCAGCAAAUCGCUGGCUGCUUUGGGGCAACAAAAGGACCCGAGUUGCUGCCGACCGAGGACCCCCGGGAGCCGGGCUCGGAGCAGACAAGGUGCCCGGCGGCGCCCGUUUGAGGGCUUCUAACUCUUUCUCCACGUAGCCCCCUUCCCGUUCCCUCCCCUCUCGUUCCCUUUUAAAAUCCGUGACCCGGAGGCGCCUGCAGCCGCACUCGCCAGCGACUCGUCUCUCCAGCGGGUUUUUUUGUUUGGCGAGUGCGAUCCUCACACUCAUGAACAUACACAGGUCUACCCCCAUCACAAUAGCAAGAUAUGGGAGAUCGCGGAACAAAACCCAGGAUUUCGAAGAGUUGUCGUCUAUAAGAUCCGCCGAACCCAGCCAGAGUUUCAGCCCGAACCUCGGCUCCCCGAGCCCGCCUGAGACUCCGAACUUGUCGCAUUGCGUUUCUUGCAUCGGGAAAUACUUAUUGUUGGAACCUCUGGAGGGAGACCACGUUUUUCGUGCCGUGCAUCUGCACAGUGGAGAGGAGCUGGUGUGCAAGGUGUUUGAUAUCAGCUGCUACCAGGAGUCCCUGGCCCCCUGCUUUUGCCUGUCUGCCCACAGCAACAUCAACCAGAUCACCGAAAUUAUCCUGGGGGAGACCAAAGCCUAUGUGUUCUUUGAGCGAAGCUAUGGGGACAUGCAUUCUUUCGUCCGCACCUGCAAGAAGCUGAGGGAGGAGGAGGCGGCCAGACUGUUCUACCAGAUCGCCUCGGCAGUGGCCCACUGCCACGACGGGGGGCUGGUGCUGCGGGAUCUCAAGCUGCGGAAAUUUAUCUUUAAGGACGAAGAGAGGACCCGGGUCAAGCUGGAGAGCCUGGAGGACGCCUACAUCCUGCGGGGAGAUGACGACUCGCUCUCCGACAAGCACGGCUGCCCGGCGUACGUCAGCCCGGAGAUCCUGAACACCAGCGGCAGCUACUCCGGCAAAGCGGCCGACGUGUGGAGCCUGGGAGUGAUGCUGUACACCAUGUUGGUCGGGCGGUACCCUUUCCAUGACAUUGAGCCCAGUUCCCUCUUCAGCAAGAUCCGGCGCGGCCAGUUCAACAUUCCAGAGACUCUGUCGCCCAAGGCCAAGUGCCUCAUCCGAAGCAUCCUGCGGCGAGAGCCCUCCGAGCGGCUGACCUCGCAGGAGAUUCUGGACCAUCCUUGGUUUUCUACAGAUUUUAGCGUCUCGAAUUCAGGAUAUGGUGCUAAGGAAGCGUCUGAUCAGCUGGUGCCGGAUGUCAACAUGGAGGAGAACUUGGACCCUUUCUUUAACUGAGCUCACGCCGCGCAGAGACUGAGCAGGUACCAGGACCGAGAGAGGAGAGCGGAGAGGCGUUCUUCCAGGGAACACAGAUCGGUCGCCCGGCUUGGCAGCCAGAAAGACCCUGACACUCACAAGCUUCUUGGUUCAAAGAAGGAAAAUGGUCCAGGAGCUGACUGAACAUGUAGCAGGGGGUGGGGGCGUGAGGGACGUGGGAUGGGGGCAGGCUCUGGGGUCCUGCCGGGUGGGCAGGUGCCCCCGGAUCUCCUCUUGCCUGGCAUAGUGACCGGAGACCACCCCUGUCGGUUGGGCUGCUUCCGCCUACCCCACUUUUCAUUUUGUUCCAAAAUAGUUGCAGAUCCUGAUAGAAUCAAAACUCUCUGCCUCAAACAUACAUCUUGGCAUCGCACUGUUAGCAUCUAACUUCUUGUCAUGAAUUCAGGGAAGGUACAAUUGGCCAAGGGUUUUUGUUUUUGUUUUUGUUUUUGUUUUUGUUUUUUUGUUUUCCUUUUGAAACAAGCCAGCCACCUAUCUAUCGGAUAAUUCAUGGGGUUCAUUUAAAAAAAAAAAAUUCGGUGCACACAGACUGACAUGAAACCUGGGUGCUAAACUAAAAGAAAAUAAAAGUCCAGUUUGUGUCUCUUAAUUGCGCUCUUCAACUCAUUUCUUCUAAAGAAACUAUUUAAGAUCCUGGUCAGGAAAUGACAUGUUAAUGCUUUGUUCCCUGAAGGUGGAAAAAAAAAAAUCUGUCCUUUAACCCACUAUUCUGUUUUGUGUCAGUUGGUUUCUGGCAGGAAGCUAUUAGAAGUCAAACUUCCAGAUGCAUUACUGCUGUCAUAGUUUAAAGACAGAGGGAAAAAAAGGAAGAAGAAAGGAAACGGGAAAUUCAGCUUACAUUUUUUCAGUGGUUGUUUGAACGAUGGGGGCUGCGUUACAGGCACUCCUCUUGGCUGAGGAGAGUGAUGGUGUGAGAAACCGGAAGCUCUUUGCAGUCUGAAGCUGGUACUGAUCGCAACUAAACAUUUCGUCUUGGUUCUGUUGGAAACUAGUGAAACGAAGCAGGUUGUCCCGCGUGUAUAAAAUACAGGGCAGCUAUUUAGUUUUCUGUACGGAGUAUGAUUCUUUUUGGCUUGGAAGGCCCUCUGGUUUGGACAGAAACCCUCAGCAGAGACGAAUGAAAAAGAAAAUUAAGCUGAAAGCGAGGAUGAUAUAAAUAAAAACAGCUCUCUAUCCCAAUACGCACCUUUGUAUUUUCAAGAACUCUUCUAUUUAUUAAGGAAAAUGUCACAUUGUGAUGUAUUAAGCCAGUACUUCAAUUACGGGUUGACUUGGGAUAAUAUGUUACAUGCUGUAGUUAACAUUUAUAUAUAUAUAUUUUUUUUCCUUGUUUGAGUAUUCCUGUCCCUGAAAUAACCUUUUAUUUGGCUUUUCUAGCUAGCUUUAUUUGAUUUCGAGUGGCAAAUGUUGGGUUGGUUUUUUUUCUUUAUUAUUAUUAUUAUUAUGGCUUUUCUAUCGCUGUAUGAUACAGAACUCUUCUCCAUCAAUGUUUGUGUUUCCAGUACCUCAGUUGUUAGGUUUUUACUGCCUGUAUGCGUUUUGUGAAACGGUCAUGUUUCUGGGUAGGUGACACGUGGACUCUAGUAUGUAAAUGUUACUUGAAUCUGUGCUUCAUUAUAGUACGUGGCAUGUCUGUGCAGACCUUGGAUGCUUUAUGCCUAUUUAGCAGGAGCCCCGCCUCGCGUUCCCAGGAGGGCGGCUUAACCGUUCGUUCACCGUCAGGAGACAAGGAGGCCAUGGAUUGGCUCUCGAUUCUAUUUUGAUGAUGGAAGAUGAAAAGGAGAGAGGAUUUUUUUUUUUUUUUUUUUUACAUGCUGAAGAUGGUGCUGAGUCAAGAAGGACCUGUUUUUCUUCCCUCUCCCUUAUUUUUUAAGUGCCCUGUAGGAGGAAGGAUUGGUGACAUGCAUGGUGGGAAUCUGUGGCCUCUGGUGCUUUGUCCUGUAUUUGGUUUAAUGUUUUUGUCCUAAUCUCUUCAAUCAAUAAAAUUGUGCAAAUUUAACUAAA